AUGAGGAGUGAGAUACUUCCCUCAGCCCUGGAGGAAGAGGGCCCCUUGUCCUUCAACCGCUGGUAUAAGUUCCAGCCUCCCAGCCUCAGCCCAGAACACGCAGCUUCUCACACCAUGAGGUUCAGCCGCCUCCUUACCCUUUGCCUCACCCUCUGCCUGUUGGGCACGGCCAGCUCAGGAAAGGCCUCAGCCAGUCUCAGGCAAGAGGCUUCGCAGGAGUCGUCCCAGACUCUCCCUGCCCUGUGCCAGCUUCCCCCAGAGAGGGGCCCCUGCAAAGCCUUCCUGCGCCGGUACUCCUACAACUCUACAUCCAGUGAGUGUGAGUGCUUCAUCUAUGGUGGCUGUCAGGGCAAUGCCAACAAUUUUGAGACCAUGGAGAUCUGUCUGAGGGUCUGCAAACCCCCGGAGACCCGAGUGAACAGCAGCUGAAGAUGACAGCACACAGUCCCAGGCCUUGAUGGAAAGCUGCCACUCCUGCGAGGAGACCCCGUUCUGAGCCCAUCCUGGGACCCUCCAGGACUGGGUCAAUAAAGCAUUCAAAGAUGACAUGGCCUGAAGCCUUCCUACAGGGGACCUGGGCCUGUCCCCCAAAGUUGCUCACAGCCACCAGGGCAAUCAAACCAGUGUUACCCUAC